CAUUGCAUUUCAUCUUCAUCUUCUUCAUCUUCUUCUCUAUUCUCUCUGAAUUGUAGUACUACUACUAUAAAUUUAUUCCUCGGCAAAAAUGGCCCGCCGCUUCCGAUCCAAGUCCUGCUCUCCCAGCUCACCGCCGCCGCCUCUCUACGAAAGCGACGCGGAGGAAGACGACGACGGCUAUUUCGCUGAUUUCAACACUGACGACGACGACGACGGCGGAUUUUCCGAGAAUCCGGCAUCCACGCCUUUUUUGAGCCCAGGCGGAAAUGGUGAAAAUCAGCCGCAGCUUUCUGUGCUGGGGGUGGUGGCGGCGGCGCUGAGGAAGUCUCUCGUCACGUGCUCCGUCGACGCCGACGACGUUGCGUCUGACGUGGAUAUCGGCUGGCCUACCGACGUACGCCACGUGGCACACGUCACCUUUGACCGAUUUGAUGGCUUCCUGGGCUUACCACUCGAGUUCCAGCCCGAAAUCCCUCCUAAACCCCCCAGCGCCAGUUGGUUGACAGAAUAUAUGAUGAUGUUGGACAGUGCUAGUGUAUUUGGAGUUUCAGCAGAGUCAAUGCAGUGUAGCUUUGAUCAAAGAGGAAACAGCAUACCAACAAUUCUUCUCAUGAUGCAGAGCAUGCUGUAUGAACAAGGAGGCCUUCAAGCAGAAGGAAUUUUCAGAAUCAAUGCUGAGAAUAGUCAAGAAGAGAGUGUUAGGAAGCAGCUGAACAAAGGAGUUGUGCCACAUGGAAUUGAUGUCCACUGCUUAUCUGGUUUGAUAAAGGCUUGGUUUAGAGAACUUCCUUCAGGAGUGCUUGACUGUUUGAAAGCAGAAGAUGUGAUGCAUUGCAACACAGAGGAAGAGUGCAGCGAGCUCGUAAAGCAGCUUCCUCCUACUGAAGGCGCCCUGCUCGACUGGGCCAUCAAUCUGAUGGCCGACGUGGUGCAGCACCACCAACGUAACAAGAUGAACGCAAGGAACAUUGCUAUGGUUUUUGCACCAAACAUGACUCAGAUGGCUGAUCCUCUGACUGCACUCGUCCACGCUGUCCAAGUCAUGAACUUUCUCAAGACCCUCAUAGAGAAAACACUUGCUGAGAGACAAGAAUGUGAUCAGCAGCGUGCUGCUGCAGUUGUUGUUGAUGAAUCUCGCAGAUGCAGUAAUGCAGUUGCGAGUAGUAGUACUGAGGCGGCCACCACCACGCGCAAAAGGAGAACCUUAGGGCAUGGUUUCAAAGAUGAAUACGAAGCAGACGACGGAAUUCUCCAUCGCCUUAGUCUGCGGAGAGGCAUGCAAAAGCUAUAUCGCCAUCCAGUGUUCCACUUGACCAGGACACAACCUAAGAAGCUAUAUAAUUCUAGUUAAUCUUGUUUUCAUGCUUUAACUAGCUAGUUUUUCUUCUUCCACAUAACUAGACAGGCUUUAGACAGCUUGGUUUGGAGCUAUGAUUCUUAGUUGUUUGGCUUGCACUUGGAAAUUAGGAUUUUCUAUUUGUCUAAGUCUAUUGUUCCAUUUUUAUCUUAUUUAUUCUAACAAGACACAAACAAUUCGAUCUUUA